AUGUCUCAUCUCUCCACUGUUCACUCCCACAAAACUCAGCCAGGCAAGGCGCCUCGUGUCGAGCUCUCCACCGACGAGGAGGAUACCUUCAAGACAAGCGACUAUGGCUCGCGGUUCGCGUGCAUGGAGCUGCCCCGCCAUCAGCUACCUAAUGGUGAGAUGCCGCGCGACAUUGCGUAUCGCUUGAUCAAGGAUGAACUCAGCCUGGAUAAUAACCCGGCCCUCAACUUGGCGUCCUUUGUCACCACUUACAUGGAAGAUGAAGUCGAAAAGCUUAUGACGGAAUCCUUUUCCAAAAACUUCAUCGAUUAUGAAGAAUAUCCCCAAUCUGCUGACAUCCAAAACCGUUGCGUCAGCAUCAUCGGAAACCUCUUUCAUGCCCCGGCUGGCGUUUCCGUGGGUACCUCUACUGUUGGCUCGUCUGAAGCCAUCAUGCUCGCCGUCCUCGCUAUGAAGAAGCGCUGGAAGACGCGUCGCCUUGCCGACGGAAAAUCCGUCGACAAGCCCAACAUGAUCAUGUCGUCGGCCGUGCAGGUCGUCUGGGAGAAGGCGAUGCGUUAUUUUGAGAUCGAAGAAAGGUUCAUCUAUUGCGACCCUGAUCGCUACGUUAUUGAUCCCGACCAAGCUGUUGAUCUUUGCGAUGAGAAUACCAUUGGUAUUUGUGCCAUCCUUGGCACGACCUACACUGGCCAGUACGAAGAUAUCAAGGCGCUGAAUGGCCUUCUUAUCGACCGCAAAGUCGAUGUACCCAUUCACGUUGAUGCUGCAAGUGGCGGCUUCGUUGCGCCGUUUGUUGUGCCCGAGCUAGAAUGGGAUUUUCGAUGUGAAAAGGUCGUGUCCAUCAACGUGUCUGGCCACAAGUAUGGCCUUGUUUACCCCGGCGUCGGCUGGGUUAUCUGGCGGGCUCCCGAGUAUCUUCCCCAAGAACUCGUCUUCAAUAUCAACUAUCUUGGUGCCAAUCAGUCGUCCUUCACCCUCAACUUCUCCAAAAGCGCAUGCCAGGUCAUCGGCCAGUAUUACCAACUCAUCCGCCUCGGUAGACACGGCUACCACAGUAUCAUGAGCAAUCUCACCCGUAAUUCCGACUACCUCGCCGAUGCCAUCGAGAAGCAGGGCUUCAUCGUCAUGUCAGAGCGCAACGGGGCAGGACUGCCACUUGUUGCCUUCCGCUUCAGUACACCCGAGGAGGACGGCAGUGACGAGCAGGGCAGACAUUACGAUGAGUUCGCACUUGCUCAUCAUCUUCGAUCUCGGGGAUGGGUGGUUCCAGCGUACACUAUGGCUCCCAAGUCUGGGGUCAAGAUGUUGAGGAUUGUUGUGAGGGAGGACUUUACACGGUCCCGGUGUGACUCGCUGAUAAGUGACAUUGCCCUUUGUUGUCGGCUUCUCCAAGACAUGGACAAGGAGAGCUCCAAGAGGUUUGAAGCGUAUAUUAACAAGCACCUAACAGCUCUGGGCAAGAGUGAUGGUGCUCAUCCCGAAUACAAGAAUGAAACACAUUCUCUUCAAGGAAAGACGGGAAAGACACAUGCAGUUUGUUAG